GAAGCGUAUGAGGCCAUGUCGGAAUGUUGGACAUAUGAUCCCGAAGAUCGGCCGGAAUUCCAGGAGCUGACGCAAAGAAUAGCCAAAUUGUUUGUUCCUCACUGCUCAGCGCCGGUUCGCAUCACGACGGACGCGGAAGGAGAGGUGCACAUCAGGGAAGCUACGAUGAGGGAGGCCCAAGCACAGGAUGAGAAUACUCUCUAUGUCGACAUUGAUGGCUAUGACAACGAGCUACCUG